AUGGCCUUGUCCACCGGGCAUGUUGCCAGCCAGCUACGGCACCUCAUCUAUUACCAACUCGACAAUAACUUAAUUCGCAAUGCCCUCUUCCUCGCUUCGCGCCUCCACGCCUAUGAACCGCGAUCCUUUGAGGCCCAAUUUCUGCUCGCCCUUUGCCAUCUACACAACGGAGAAGUGAAGGCAGCAUUCGAAUGCAGCCAGGCUUCGGGCUCGCGUGGUCUACAUGCUGGUUGUGCUUAUGUCUUUGCUCAGGCUUGCUUGGACUUGGGAAAAUACUUGGAUGGUGUUACUGCUCUGGAGCGCAGUAAAUCUCUCUGGGCCUCCAAGAACCACUGGAACAAGCAUAGUGAAACUCAGCGACAGCACCUUCCUGAUGCUGCAGCCGUUUAUUCUCUGCAGGGGAAACUUUGGCAUGCACACAAAGAUUUAACCAAAGCAGUUGACUGCUAUGUGGAGGCUCUGAAAUUGAACCCCUUCAUGUGGGACGCAUUCCUGGGGCUUUGCGAAACAGGUGUCAAUAUUCGGGUCCCAAAUAUCUUCCAGCUCAGCCCAGAACUUCUUGCAAUAAUAUCUUCGUCGCCGGAGGAAAUAGCUACUGCGCCAGACAAUGUGGCUUAUGAAGAAGGGACUUUCCCCAUGGAGCCUCCUGGUAACCCUGAAUCUGACCCUUUUAUGGUCUCUGCCUCGCGUGGCGAGUCUGACACCACAUUUGGGAGCUCUGCUCUUUGGGAAAAGCUGAAUGGGAGCUCCGCCAAUUUUGCUGCUGUGGCACAGCCGGUUUUCCACGAAGGAAUGGAAACACCAGGUGCACAGAGCAGUGGCUCUGAUGACUUCCGCAUUGCGAAUGGCGUCACUGACCCAGAAGCUGGAUGGGAAGCACCCUUGGCCCCAGCUCGAAAGACGCGGACAAUCCAAACUAUGAGCCUUGACCAUACCGGGCAACCUCCUCCGCGAAUGCGUCCAACAGGCAUCAGACCUCGACACAAAACACGAACCGAACCAGAAACCCAGCCGACUGCUCCCGUAGAAAGGGAUCCCACUCUUGUAUCAAGAUUCGGCGACCGAAAACGCACAGUCUCUGGGCAAGUCGCACAUCCCCUUCCUUCGUCACAACCAACGGAACCAGGUGCUCCACAGCGCCGAAGCGUUCGACUCUUCAACCAGAUCAAACCUACAACCAGCAAGCUCUCCAACGGCACGCUUACUGGCAGAGAUGGCCGCGAGAUGAAGAAGUUAAGAGGUGGGCCUACGAAAGGACGCGCAGGAAGUGCGCCCACUGUCGGCCGUGUCGUGAGUGGCAAUCGAAAACCCGUGGAGACACCCGACAAUGACGAGCUCGAAGCCUUGGAUUGGCUUUUGGGUCUUUUCAAUAAACUUGCAUCUGGAUAUUUCGCAUUGAGCCGUUACAAGUGUGCGGACGCCAUCAGCUCUUUCAAUUCUCUCUCCCAAGGGCAGCGUGAAACCCCUUGGGUUUUGUCUCAACUUGGACGGACCUAUUUCGAACAAGCAAGCUACACGGAAGCUGCCAAGUACUUUUCCAGGGUUCAAAAAUUAGCGCCCUUCCGCAUUGAGGAUAUGGAAAUCUAUUCGACUGUUUUAUGGCAUCUGAAAAGUGAUGUAGAACUGGCUUACUUGGCCCAUCAGCUACUUGAAGCUGAUCGCCUAUCCCCUCAGGCGUGGUGUGCUAUUGGCAACUCUUUCUCUCAUCAACGGGAUCACGAUCAAGCACUCAAGUGCUUCAAGCGUGCGACUAUGCUCGAUCCUGGAUUUGCAUAUGCUUUCACGCUACAAGGACAUGAAUAUGUCGCUAAUGAAGAAUAUGACAAGGCGUUGGAGGCCUAUCGCCACGGAAUCAACGCUGACAAUCGACAUUACAAUGCUUGGUACGGACUGGGGACGGUGUAUGAUAAGAUGGGCAAGCUCGACUUCGCUGAACAGCAUUUCCGUAAUGCAGCCAGCAUUAACCCGACGAAUGCGGUGCUCAUUUGCUGCAUUGGUCUGGUAUUGGAAAAAAUGAACAAUCCCCAAGAUGCGCUGGUUCACUACGGUCGAGCCUCCUCGCUAGCCCCUCACUCGGUAUUAGCCAAGUUCCGCAAGGCGCGCGUACUCAUGAAGCUACGCGAAUACAAGUUUGCUUUGGCGGAAUUGAAGGUCCUGAAGGACAUGGCGCCGGAUGAAGCAAAUGUGCAUUACCUUCUUGGGAAGCUUUACAAAAUGCUCCACGACAAGGCCAAUGCUAUCAAGCAUUUCACGGCGGCCUUGAACUUGGAUCCAAAGGCUGCACAAUACAUCAAGGACGCAAUGGAGUCGUUGGACGACGACGAUAUGGAGGAUGAGGACAUAGCGUAG